AUGGUGCCGUUCGUGAGUUCUGACAAGGAUGGGUCCUUCGGGGGGGAGUACCAGGGUGACCAGUUCUCGGAGUCCAGGGAGGGAACGUUGCCGGACAACACCCAGCUGGAGCCGCUGGUUCUGGGAGAGUCCGUUGCAGCCGCGGUAUCAGGUGAACAUACGUUCGGGGAGAACUUGCCGGACGAAUACAGGGAUGAUAUCGUUGGGAUGGAACCAAGCUACCUCGCGGACUGGAGCAACUGGUACGAACUUCCGACACCGAGGAGUUCGCAGGAUGGCUAUGCUCUGAACCUGGGUACUCCGUUCGAUUUAACGUCUCAUUUUGCGGAUUACAAAGGGGUCGACCAAUAUAAUGGGCAGGAUCCAUACUCAGGGUCUGAGCAAUUCAAGACGCCGGAUCACUACCUACCACCUGAACCGUUCAAGUCACUGGAGCAUUACAUGCUACCGGGUCCGUACAAGCCGGAGGGAACUCUUCAGCCGGCUGAUGUUGAAAACUUCAGCGGAGGCAACGGUGGAAGCUUGGAUAGUUCCCUGUACAACCUGAACUCUUAUGAAGCAGUCAUGAGCAGCUUUAGCGGAUUUGACGGAUCUACGAACACGGUAACAAGUUCGUUCGAUCGAGGCGAAUUUGUUGGAGGCUUUGAAUCCACGUCCAACUCCGUGUGCAGCAGCUACGAUACGCCGGGCCUGCGCUGUCCUGGCCCCGACAUUCCGAAUAUUGGGUCAAAGUAUAGACAUAGCAGAAACGAAAACUUAGGCAUGGGUUCUCAAUCGAUGUCGGGGAUGAACAAUCCGGCCGAAUACAUGACCCAGAUGAAGAUGCCACAGUUUCAAGGUCCGAUGAGGAUGCGGGGUAGGCACGUACAGGGCAGGAUAAGCACGAACGACCUUACAACUUUUAAUACGCAUUUUGAGGAAUACGGCAAGGGGUAUAAACGUAAGCUGGAGUCGCCUGUGAUGUUGAGCAAUGAUGCAUAUGAGGUUCAGAGGCGGGCGGGCCAGAGCAUGUACGUGCGUGGGGGGGACUCAACGAGCACCGUGGCACCUACGCCCACCACUCCGGCGACGCCCGCAACCCCAGCGACUCCGGCAACUCCUGCAAGUGUCGGCUACUACGAUUCUUCGUCUGAGGUGCCUAACGUGCCGCAGCUGAGUGGUCUUGGCAGCCUAGAAUCAGUGUGCAACCGCAACACUGCUUACGUCAUCCGAAACCAAACCGUCUCCAGAACGCCAACCAUAAAUUCACCAUUCUCUAGUGGCCGUCAGAAGAGCUUCGUUGAGGCUGCUGCUGAACUCACGACAUAUCAAAGCGAUUUGUGUGGUUCAAUCGAUGGCGAUCACGUCAGGGCCGACUGUGCGGACUCUGGGAUAAACAAUGCUGAAGACGAUCUGUCAAACGACUUCCAUAGGUCUCAUAUGGAUUCUGCGUUCGUUGACCGCCGCCGAUCGGGGAUCGUCGAGCGAAUUGUUGAUGUGCAAGUCAUGCACACCAGGCACGGGUCCUAUGCCAAGAACGUUGGGGGGGGCAGGACACAGGCCGGUGUCUAUGGUGAGCACGGUGCAUCCGCAUUUGGAGAUGAGUAUGAUGCGGAGGUUGAUAAUGAUGGGUCAUCAAUGGCCGGAGGUUCCCAGGCUGACAACGAUAAGUUCAAGAUGCCUGGCGUCGACGGACUGGACCAAUUCAGCGGAAUCGUAGAAACAUUCAGGGAGGGAGAAACGGAUAACCUCGACAUUGACCUGCUCACCUUGCAGCAAUCGUUCGAGGGUAACCACUACAUAGAGGAUCUGGGAAGUCAGUACGACCUGAACAGCGAAGCGGCGGCCCCAGAGGAAACGUAUGUCUUCAUAAGAAAGAUCAACCAGAACGAAACCGAAGGCCUAACACUGCAAAAAGAGAAGGUUGUUGCGGCCGCAACCGCAACGAGCGGCGACCUCAACGACGUGUUGCUGGCGUGCAGCACUGGUGCAUCCAACUACCAACCGACGGUCAGGUGGGACCCAUCACGUCACGUGUACGUCGUCACCUGGUGGGCCAGCGACGAGAAUGCGAACAUAACAGAUAAACAAACUAGGACAUUCGCUGCCAGCGCGUUUGGGAAGGCUCGAGCCCACGAAGAAGCCAUUAGGUUCGCCACUUUCGCAGAGACGCAGAUCAAGCCCGGCGCCCUAAUUCGGUGGUACCCCGGCUUCAAUAUACCCAUUGGCACAAGCGGACGCACGAACCUGCGGAAGGUGUUGCAUAUGGACCGCAUGAAGAACGCUGAGCUGUGCGACCCUGUGCUUGCGGCGAACGGCAUGAAAAUUGCUGCCAAGAGCACCUUUGGCGACAUGACGAUUGUGGAGCUUUACAAGGCCGCUUACGUGCUUGGCCUGUGGGAUAUUGCAGCGUACAACUGUCUCAAGACGUGCAAGAGACGCGGUUAUUCCUACAGGUGGAUACAUCAGCUCCAGGUAAAGAACAGGCGUGUCACCAUCGACGCGCUGAAGUACCUCCGCAACGUCAAGGAGUCGCUCACUGUGCACAAGCAACCAAAACGCAACGCUCGCACCAAUACUAGACGUAACGGGCGCGAUAAAUCUUAA